AAGCUCAUUUGAACUGCAAGGCUUUGAGAGAGAGAGAGAAAACAUGAGGAAGGCCAGCUCCUUUUAUCUUGUUGCCUUGGCUCUUUUCGGCCUGCUGGCUGCCUCCCAAGCUCAAAUUAAGGUCGGCUUCUAUGACGAGUCCUGCCCACAAGCAGAAAGCAUAAUUAAGGAGUUCGUGAAGCAGCACAUUCCCAAUGCGCCUACUUUGGCAGCAGCAUUGCUUAGAAUGAACUUCCAUGACUGUUUUGUGAGGGGCUGUGAUGGAUCUCUGCUGCUUAAUUCGACCAAUAACAGCACCGCGGAGAAGGAUUCCAUACCAAAUUCGACCCUCCGUGGCUUCGAUUUCAUUGACAGAGUGAAGGCAUUGUUAGAAGCAGCGUGCCCGGGGGUCGUCUCCUGUGCAGAUACUCUUGCACUAGUAGCAAGAGAUGCAGUAGUUGUCACGGGUGGUCCGUCAUGGACUGUGCCUACAGGCCGUAGGGAUGGAACUGUUUCAUUAGCUUCUGAGGUGCUCACCAACAUUCCAGGACCAACCUUCAAUUUUACUGCUCUAAAGAAAAAUUUUGCAAGCAAGAAUCUUGAUGUGAAGGAUCUAGUUGUUCUCUCAGGUGCCCACACGAUCGGCAUUGCGCACUGCGCGGUUGUCACGAACAGGCUCUAUAAUUUCACAGGGAAAGGUGAUGAAGACCCAGCGCUUGACAAAUUCUAUGCUGCAAAUCUGAAGAAAUUCAAGUGCAAGACCCCCACAGACACCACCUCGAUCCUGGAAAUGGAUCCGGGGAGUUUCAGGACCUUCGACAAGCAUUACUACACCAAUGUGGCGAAAAGAAGAGGUCUCUUCACGUCUGACUCUUCUCUGCUCACAGACGCGACUGCGGCGUCUUACGUGACUGAAAUUCUCAACGGUCCACUUGAGUAUUUCUUCACUGAGUUCGCUGCGUCCAUGGAGAAGAUGAUUCAGCUUGAAGUCAAGACUGGCAGUGAAGGUGAGAUAAGGAAGCUUUGCGGCGUGGUGAACGGUUAGAAAGCAGAGACUUUCCAUUGUUCAGCAGUCCUUGUAAGCUCAUACUGAGCACAGUAAUCUGGAUAAAUUUUUGUGCCACCAGUGUGUGUUUGGAGUCCGAAGAUAGGUUCAUUCAUUGUUUUACCUGUUUGGCAUAUGUAAAAGUCAAGAGUCCAAUAUUUCAGAUUUCAGUACUUCUUAGAAGUCGACCUUAUUGUGCACUGAAUGCAAUAAAGAACAAACUGUUCCUGAA